AUGGUGGCUCCUCUGGCAAGUGCGGCGUGCCUAUACUCGCCAGCAAUCAGAUCUAUAUAUCCCAUAUUCAAUUCCAUACAUAUCCUUCUUUUUUCGACGAUCAUGGUUAACUCUCAACUACAGCAGCAACAGUAUCAGUCGGCUUAUCCAGAUAGCAUUAACAUCUACCCCGACUCGGUAGACUACCGUAUGAAUCCCACCAUACCUUAUGUCAUGGCUCCAUCUGCCUCACAGCCCACCUUCAAAACAACAGUCAGCCUGAUACCUACUUCCACACCCACAGUUUCUUCCAAGUCAGAAGCCAAACCAAAAUCUAAGUCCAGGGCUGCUUCUAAGGCUAAGUCUUGCAAAACCAACGACUCAGGCUUGCGCUGCGAAGGCAGUGGAAAGAAGCGAUUUGUGUGUAAUUUCACCGAUUGCGGAAAGAGCUUCUCCCGAUCAGAACACCUUCACAGACACGCCCUCAAUCAUAAGGAAGGUGAUCAUACUUGCGAAAGAUGCUUGGCACACUUUCGCCGGCGUGAUCUUCUCGACCGGCACAUAGCUCGCCACAAAGGAAAAGAUGAUGAAGCCGGCGGCGUAGGACUAGGAGUUCUUGCUACCAGGAAGCGGCUCUGGAGAAACUCUGAUGGUAAGAUUGUGAACUCCAGGAGGCCAUCAUUUGCCCAGGGUGGUGCUAUGAAGCGACAACAAAAUAGCUGUACGGAAAAAGUCGAAGCAGCAACUAUAAAGCCAGAGAUUAUCGGGCCUACAAAACCAGUCGCAUCUACUAUCUCACCAGUGGUGGAGUUUCGAACACCCAUUUCACCUCUGGAAAUUGACGGCAAUGUCAUGGGAAUAUUUACAGAACGCAAGCACGAUGAGUCUCAACCAGAUUCAUCGUGGCUGGACAUGGCAGCCCUACCAUCGCCUCCCAUCUCAGAGAUAGACUCUGCCGAUUUGAGACGCCGUGACGCCUCGUUGGAUCAUCUCGAUACCCUAUACGACGAUCCUUGGCAGCUCAUGCCCCCAAGUACGCUGCCUGACAUAAUAACCCAUAGCCCAGCAAUGACGCGGCACCCAGAAUACUUAACAAGUCCUCUAUGGGGUGCCCAGCCUUUUCAAUCAUACAUGGGGGCCUUCAAUGAUGUGCCAUCGGACGAAAUUCUCCGACUUGAUAACGUACCGUGUGAAUGGCAGGCCUGGAACCAACAUCUCUUCGCGUCAAAAUGUCGGGAUGAUAAGAGAGAAACUUUGGGGGAUAAUAAGCGAGAGUGGAUGAUUAAUUUGGCAACAGGACACGACGGGAUACUUCGCCGGACGCAUGGGAUGAGUAUAAAUUAG